AUGGCAGUGGGAUUGAAAGAUAAAAUACCCCAGGGGGGUACCAAUACCCCUGGUAUUGGAGAAUCCCCCUCCGUGCGCUUACGCCUGAACUCCCGCUCGGAGUCUGGGGGUAAGCGCACGGGCCGCCCCGCGUAUUCUGGGGGGGGGCACCAUUCCGCUCGCUUGCAAAGGUCGGCAAGGCAAGGCAAACGAAGCAAGGCACUGUCAGCACCCCCUGUCACCCAUGCCGUGGACUUCUGCAAUAUCAGGGGGCUCCAUUCCAACUUGGAGGCCGUCCACUACCAUCUCCGGACGGCAAAGCCGGCCUUGCUUUUCCUUACCGAGACGCAGAUAUCCUCUCCGGCGGACACCUCGUAUCUGUCCUGCCCCGGAUACAAAUUAGAACAGUCCUUUUUGCCCCGGGCUGGGGUAUGCGUGUACGUCAGAGAGGAUAUCUGUUCUCGUCGCCUCAGCCUUCUUGAAGGUAGGGACCUAUCUCUUUUAUGGCUGCGCGUAGAUGGCGACGACCAUCCGCGGGUCUAUGCGUGCCUUUAUAGGUCCCAUAGCGGUAAUGCCGAAACAGACCGACUCAUGGAGCAAGUCCAAACGGCUACAGAUUCCGUUCUGGCACAGAUCCCUUCCGCUGAAAUCGUGGUACUAGGCGACUUCAACGCCCACCAUGCCGAUUGGCUUGGCUCUCGUACCACCGAUCAUGCGGGGAGAUCUGUCCACGACUUUGCCUUGUCUUAUGACCUGACACAGCUGGUCACCUCGCCCACGCGAAUCCCAGAUGUCGAAGACCAUACACCUUCCCUGUUGGACCUUCUGCUGACUUCACAUCCGGACAGCUAUAAGGUUUCCGUCGAAGCCCCUUUGGGCUCGUCAGACCACUGCCUGAUCCGGACCACAGUGCCCAUCUCGCGUCGCCCACGGUUUAAACCGAAUGGCCUUCGCCGAGUGUGGCACUAUAGGUCAGCAGACUGGGAUGAGAUGCGGUCCUUUUUUGCAUCCUACCCAUGGGAGAGAGUUUGCUUCAGGCUGGAUGAUCCCGACGCUGUUGCCGAUUCUGUUGCUGAUGUGGUGCUUCAGGGGAUGGAUCUUUUUAUUCCAUCUUCAGUUGUGCCCAUCGGAGGCAGUUCUCGACCCUGGUUUGGUAAAUCCUGCAAAUUAGCCUCGCGCUACAAGCAGGAUUGUUAUCGAGCCUGGGCUGAGGCGUCAGCAGCUAGGGAUGUAAAUACCAGCCAGUUAAAAAAGAAGUAUAACUCUGCCUCCAGGUCCUUCAAAAGAGUGAUUGCCAAGGCAAAGUCCGAACACGUGGCCAGCAUUGGUGAGAGGCUAGUGCACCUUCCUUCGGGAACUCGUGCGUUCUGGUCUCUUGCCAAGGCUGUCCAGGGGAAUUUCUGUAAGCCGUCCUUACCAUCUUUGCGCAGGGAGGAUGACUCGUUGGCCCAUACCGCAAAAGAGAAAGCCGAUCUUCUGGGCUCUCUUUUUGCGGCCAACUCGACUCUGGAUGACAAAGGUAACUCGCCGCCGAAAAUCCCACGCGGUGAGACCUCUAUGUCCGAAAUCCAGUUUAUCCAGAGAUCAGUGCGGAAAUCGCUGCAAUCUCUGGAUAUCCAUAAGUCGAGUGGGCCUGACGGGAUACCCCCCAUCGUGCUUAGGACUUGCGCUCCUGAGUUGGCACCGGUUUUAACGCGCCUGUUCCGGUUCUCCUACUCCUUAGGCGUUGUCCCGAAAUCAUGGAAGACUGCCAUAAUCCACCCGAUCCCGAAAAAAGGCGAUAGCUCAGACCCGUCCAACUACAGGCCGAUCGCCAUUACCACCUUGUUCUCGAAAGUCAUGGAAACGACCAUCAAUUGCCAACUCAUGAGGUACCUUGAGGAGCAUCAGCUGAUUAGCGAUCGUUAG